UUUCCUUCUUGCUCUAAGGCAGCCUGGCAGGGCUCUUGGCAGCCAUGUGAGGCUCAAUGAGUCCAAGAAGGGAAAUAUUGUUGCAUGUUUCAGGACGUGUUUUUCCUUUUUCCUUUUUUUUUCGGCCUGUAUGUUUGAUGAACGUGAGAAAGAAAAUGUUUUCCACCCUUUUAGACAGUCGCUUGUUUGUCUGGAGUCUGCUAAUGUUGUAUUUUACAUGCUACAAAUUGAGCCCAGUUGUACAAGGAAUUUUAUUUUAUCUAUUCUCCUCACCGCAAACAAUUUUACAAUUAGCCGCUUUAGCAUUUUAUGGCAGAAAGGCAGUGGGGCCACAAUUAUAUCUGUUUUAAACAUUACUUUUAAACAUGUAACUUACAAUUACAUGUUUCUUUAAAUAUUGUCCUCCUACUCAUUCAGCUUACCCGUUUUAGCACUAUACACCAAAAACACAUUUAUAGAAGGUUUUAUGCUAAGUCUGCUUUACCGGAAUCCAACACUGUAGAAUGUCUCGACUACAUGUAAGGGAUAAUAUAAUAUGGAUUUCGUUUCUGCACCACUUUUUACUCUUUCUUUUGUGACUCCCCCUCGAAACUGAAAGAAAAUAAACUCUGUUUAUCUCUCAAUUCUGACUUUUCUUCCUCAGAAUUGCGCUAAACAAAAUCUGAUUUGAGAGAUAAAAAGGACUUAAGUACCUUUAUUAUUAUUAUUAUUAUUAUAUUUUAUUUUUUAUAUAUUUUUUUUUUAUUCUGUAGUAGAAACAGGCUUCUAUAAUAUAAAGUGAGUCGUAAUCGCAAAUUUUAUUUUGCUGUGAUAACUGACAGACUGUACAUUGUUACUGAUGGACAUUAAAUAUCGAUUUUUGGGUUUCAGUUAUUUUAUAAUCUUAACUGUGUAUUAUCCUUAAAUUUCUGCUAAGAAAAAAAGAUGGAACAAGUAAUAUUAAUAAUUAACAAGAAAUAAUAAAAGUCAUUGAUACUAUAAUAUUACCAGUCAGAUUGACCAAUCAGAAGUGAAUACAGUGGACUCACUAAUUGGUCUCAAAACUAUGCAAGCAAUGAAAUGCCAGUGAUGAUGUAUAACAUUAUUGCAAUGAACAGUACUAAUGAAGCAAUUUUCCCUCUGUUUAAAAGCACAUGCAAAAGGCUAAAAUGUCCAUCUUUAAAAUCGUAAGGAUUGUAUCAAAAAUUAUUGUUCAUAAACUAUUGCAUCUGCAGCUUUUCAUUUAAAAAAUUAAAUAAGUAUUUCAAAAAAUUAUAUUUUCAUAAGAAAAAGGGUUCAUUAUCUGUCUUGAAUGGCAGUUUCUCUCUGCAGAUGAUGAGGUUGUAGGAUGUGACAGCAUCUGAAAUGUACAUUUGAGUUUAGAUAUGUGUCUCCUUUCAUUUGUUUAUGUGUAUACAGUUGUUUAUGAAAGCUUAAAGUAGUAUGUGAGCGCUUCACAAUGUUAAAAGGAAGAAAGUCAUGGGAUAGCUGGGUAUGUUUAUGCAUAAACCCUAGUAAUAAAAAAAAUCUAACAAAAUAGACCAUAAAUUCAAUAUCUUAGUUACUUAGUGAAGAAGAGGAGAGUAGUAUCCUUAACUGAAUAGAGUUGGUCACACUUACAUGUUCUCUUAAACUAAAAAGAGAAAAGAGAAAAAACAAAUUAGCAUUUGAAAGUUAUAAUUUAUAGAGAUUUUAAGAAAGAAAUGAUUUACCUGUUGAGAGUGUGUUGACAGUCUGUGUAGUUGGAUGACUGAACUACAGAAAAUCAGUAACGAGGAGCUUUGACAGUUACAGAUUUGAAAAACAAAAUAAAGAACCCUAAACUCUAACACAAAGAACCGUUUCAGCAUAAAAGGGUUCUUCAGAAGGCUAUGGUUCUAAAUAAAACCAUUACUGAAUGUAAAGAACCCUUAAAGAGCCAUCUUUUUUUAGAAAGCGUAGACUUGCAGUAUUUUGCCAAAUUCUCAAGGAAAGGCAAGGAAAAUAAACAACUGUGCAUUCAUUUAUAAAUGCUGCAGAUCACCAGAUAAAACACUCCACUGUGUAAAACAUUGCUGACAUUAGAGCUAUUUAAGGGGGCAACAAAAAAAAUGCUUUCUUAAAAAGAUAAUUCUAUUAUCUCCACCACAUGGGUAUCCUUAAUGGAAGAGGCAUUUCAUUGGGCAUGAAAUACUGCAGGAAAUAUGGUAGAUGCUACUCAGACAAUCCCAUGUGAAAUCUAGGAAUUGCUUUUUGAGGUAAAUGCCUUUGAUGCAUAUAAUUUGACACAUCUUACACAGGAUCCCUCUUUUCUUGUGACCAGAGCAAACCACUCCCUAAGCUUGAGGUUUUCCUGGUCUUGGCACUGUCUGAGUCAUAAUAAUACGUUAAAAGGCAUUCCCAUCAGCUAAGACUUUCAAAGUCUCCUUGGACGGGCCAUUUUCAGAAGCUUCUGUGGUCUGCCAAAGGGAGAUGCAGGUUUUACUCUGUCUGGUUUGUGCCUUUGGCCUUUUUGGUCAGUAUCAUCCAGCACCUUUACCACUGGAAGAUGAUGGAUCAGUGCAUCCAACAAGACCUGCUCAGAAUGACCUGUCCCUGGCAACAAAAUACCUGCAGAAAUUCUACAGUUUCCAAGCAGAUCCUACAGGCCGCAGGAGGAGGAGUCGUCCCUCAUUCUCUUCCAAACUUAAAGACAUGCAGAGCUUUUUUGGGCUGAACAGGACAGGAAGCCUGAACCCAGACACCCUCGCUGUCAUGACGACUCCUAGAUGUGGCGUCUCAGAUGUGGAGGAUUACAGUCACAAACGAGGAAACAGGUGGAAGAAAAACAUCAUCACUUACAGCGUUGGGAGAUACACCAGUGACUUACCAGUGAAUACAGUGGAUGCUCAGGUCGCGUCGGCUCUAGAUGCAUGGGCAAAGGCCAGCCCUCUCACUUUCCAGAGGUCAUAUUCACACCAGGCGGACAUCAUGGUGGAGUUUGUUGGAAACGAACAUGGCGACUCCUUCCCCUUUGAUGGUCCAGACGGCACACUGGCCCAUGCUUUUGGCCCAGGGGAAGGCAUCGGUGGGGACGUUCAUUUUGAUGAAGCUGAAGCAUGGACGGCUGGGUUCAAAGGGUUUAACCUGUAUGUGGUAGCUACACACGAGUUUGGUCAUGCACUUGGUUUGAAACACUCGCAAAACCCAGAUUCAGUGAUGUAUCCGACAUACAAAAAUAGAAAAACACAAAACCUGCUCUCCAGUGAAGAUAUAAUGAACAUCAACACACUCUAUGGGCCAAGAGACAAAAGGCCCUAUCCAUCUCCAAGAUUUAGCUGGAGCUAUCCCAGCAGCCCCUGGUAUAGUGGUUCAUAUUUCCCCGUGUCAUACAAGGACACUUGUAAUCCCGAUCUGACUUUUGAUGCUGUGACUACUGUAGGAGAAGCCAUUUUCUUCUUCAGGGACAAAUACUUGUGGAUCAAACACAAUAAUCAAAAUGAUAUAAAGGAAGGUCCCAUCAGCAAUUUCAUGCCAAAAAUUGAUUGUCAGAUCGAUGCUGCUUACUGGGUCCCCCAGCGGUCAACAGCAUAUCUGUUCAACGGGACAAAUUUCUGGACUGUGAAAGGAUCCCAAGUAAAAGGCAGAGCGAAAAACAUCAGAAAUCUGGGGUUCCCAUCAUGGGUACAGCAGAUAGAUGCUGCAGUCCACAUUCACAAAACUGUACACACCCUAUUCUUCACCCAACACCAGUACUGGAGGUAUAAUGAACACAACAAGACAAUGAAUGACUCAAGCCCACGUAACAUUUCUGAUGACUUCCCAGAAAUAAAUGGACCCAUAAGUGCAGCAAUUUAUAAAGAUGGUUCUCUUCAUUUCUUUGUUGGCUCAGAUGUGUAUAAAUAUGACGUCAAACAAAAGGAAAUUAUUGGAGCAGAUAAGACAACUUCCUGGCUUGGAUGUUAACGGACAUUCAUUAGACUAAUAGUUCCUAAAUCCAAUUCUAUUUUAAUGGUGAAUCAUGCAGCAAAAGUGGCUGUAAAGAUGGCAUUAAUUAUGUUGUACUGAAUUGUAUUUUCAGCAUGCUGUGCUUGUAUUUUUAUGUGGUAAAUGCAACUACUGUUUAAUGUCUUUAGAACAUAUUUGAAAUGCAAAUGUAUCUAAAAAGUCAGAAUGUGGUUUAAAUUCAACUUUAUGACUGUAUCAUUACUUUUAAAGAAAAAAACUUGUUUAGCAUUCAGUUCUGCACUUGCAUGACUGAGGCUAAACCGAAGUAUUUAGCCUGAAUAUGCACUAAUCAGUGUGUGUUUAUGACUGUAAUAAAAUAAGUAAUAAAAGUACUUAUGGAAAUCCUUUUCAUGCAAAAUGAAUAUUUCAGAAUAUACCAAAUGAACAAAAUCUUAAAUCAUUUACAACAAAUCAUGACACAAUCAUAAUCCUCUUCACCCACUAAGACUCCUGAUGCAAAACUAGACAUGAUCUCAUUUUGUGGACGACAAAAGCCACUAAAUGCCUGACAAUAAAUUCUUGUUUUGAGGGCCUGGGUCCCACGUGAUUUCUUACUGUCUUAAGGUACGCAUGAGUUGUAUAAGACACAGACGACAUAAAAAGAAGAACAUAAAUGUGCCAUAGUCGAAAUGAGCUUGUUGUGGCCUUGGAUCUUUUUGUGUUGGAUGGUGAAUAUGGACAGAGGAUAUCCAACAUGCUGAGGUUUGUCUGCCAUUAUGUGUUUCUCUAGGCUUCAUAUCCAACAUAUA